CUUUUUUUAUGAAAAAACCUCUUAAAUGCUUUUAUUAAAUGAUGUAAAUAUGCAAGAGGAAUAACCAUAAAGCCGUUGUCCUGAUUCAACUCCCACUGUGCAAACGUCAAAUAACACAAAACGUAAACAAUACAAAUCUCGUGCAAGCCGGUGCAGUUCUUAUCGCUUUUCUUCAAUUUUCCUUACUUUCGGUUGGAAUUUUCACAUCUUUCGUAAUGGCUUCUGCAUCAAUUGAUAAGGACAUGCGGACGAAAAUCGACACCGUUUGCACCACGGCGGAAGCGUUCGUGAAGCUCUACUACGACCAUGUAGACAAAAAGCGGCAGCACAUGUCCCGACUGUACAUGGACACGGGACUGCUCGUGUGGAACGGCAACGGGGCGAAAGGGAAGGAUGAGAUACAGAAGUACUUCCACGAGUUGCCCCGCUCGGAGCACACCAUUACCACGCUCGAUGCGCAGCCGAUCGUCGAUGAUGCCGUCUCAUCGCAGCUAACGUUCGUGAUGCAAGUGUCUGGCACGGUGCGGUUUCAGGAGAACCCGACCAAACCGUUCCAGCAAACGUUCAUGAUCACCGCCCAGGGCGACAAGUGGAAGAUCGUGUCGGACUGUUUCCGGCUGCAGGAUGGCAUAUUUUAACCCUGUGCAACGCUGCAACCCCACCCCCCCUACAAUUACGACUGCUUGUUCAAAUAUAGGAUUAAUGUAUGUCAGAAUGUA